ACUCAUUGGAAUUUCGAAUAUCAGGUGGCGUAGACCUAAAUAUUAAAACAUAAAGUCCAUUUAUAAGUUCUUAGUAAGCUCCUACCAAAACCUUCCCAAGAAUGGCUUAUUGGGCUCUUUCCAGAUUUUUUCUCCUCUUUCACAUUUCUCGCCCAUUUUCUCACCCACCGAAUGGCAACUGCCUGGAGACCCGUCGAUCCCACCAGAGGGUUCAAGUUGCUUCCGCUGAAUCGAUCAAAUCUUGUGAUUCAGAGACCGUACGACCUGCCUGAAGAUCAUAGGUGCAGCUUCUGUGAUGGAGUUCACAGGCUCUGGGUUCUUUACACGGAUAAGCCUCAUACUCCCACCAGUCGAACCAGCCCUCGGACUGAAAUCCGCAUCCAAGGAUACGACUACUCCUCGGGGGUGUGGCAGCUCGAGGGUCAUGCAUACGUGCCAUGCGGCACAUCUGGGGUCUGCAUCAUGCAGGUGUUCGGGACGAGCCCCCACGCUACAGACCUGAUGCUCAGGGUUUACAAUGGAUCACUAUAUUACUACAGGGAAACCCUCUGGGUCCAGAAUAUCUACAACAGGUGGUUCAAACUAAACGUGAUCCACGAUGUGGACGCCUCCAAAGUGAAGGUCUACAUUGAUGGUAAGCUCAAGCUCGAGGCUGCGGGUCGAUUUGGCACAUCCCAUUACUUCAAAUGCGGGGUGUACGCACAGGACAAUGAUUCUUACUACAUGGAGUCCCGUUGGAAGGGGAUUAAGGUCCUAACGAAGUGCGAUUGGGAUGAUAUAAUCAAGUUAUGUUUUGUUUGGUCUGUGUCGAGUGUGAUGUAACUUAAUGUUUCGAAAGUGAUUUGCAACAGAAUAAAUUAACUUGUAGCCAGCCGGUCCGGCAUGCUUCUAAAUUUCACAUUUUGCAACAAUGUCCAAGAAACAAAUACAGGCUUGAUUGGGUUGCAAUGGUACGUCACACCUCAUUUUGAGAUACCAACAUUCAAGUAAUUCAAAAACUAAAUAGUUAUCGACAGAUAAAGGGGAUAUAGUGCAACAACGCGCAUCCUGGAAUUUGCCCAUUAGUAGAUGCAUUUU